ACGUUUGUUACCUUGCUAUUAACAUAGCGUUCGUAGACUAGAAUUGGUUUUUUAAGAUUUUAGUUUAAAUUCUACUUAUUAACGAUUUCUAAUAGUUCAUUAUCACUAAAAUUACAUCAAUGAGAUUACUGAGUUUUGACGAGGUUGGGUUGCGUCUUAGAGCAAAAGAGGAAGAGUGCAUCAGUAGACCUGGUGGAUAUACAUUCAAAGUCGACAAGGGCGGAGGAGACUCCCACACGCAUGUCUUUUGGGUACCUAACCCCCUCACACAACUGACAAACACGGAAAGUGACUCGGAUAUGCCAGCUGCUACCAUCAGUAGCACUCCACAUCCUAAUAAUGAGGAAUGUGGGAUUCGAGAUGUCUGGGCACACAAUCUCGAAGAAGAAUUUCGUACUAUAAGACAAAUUGUACAAAAAUUCAAUUAUGUGGCAAUGGAUACAGAGUUUCCAGGUGUAGUUGCAAGGCCCAUUGGUGAAUUUAGAAGUUCAGCUGAUUAUCAAUACCAAAUGCUAAGGUGCAAUGUAGAUUUGUUAAGAAUAAUUCAGCUGGGAUUAACAUUUUUGGAUGAGAAUGGAAAAACGCCAGGUGGUUCUUACACAACGUGGCAGUUUAAUUUUAAAUUCAACCUUUCGGAGGAUAUGUAUGCACAGGAUAGUAUCGAUUUGUUACAAAAUUCGGGAAUUCAGUUCAAAAAGCACGAGGAAGAGGGCAUAGAACCAUUAGAGUUUGCAGAACUUCUUAUGACCUCUGGUAUUGUGCUGAUGGACAACAUCAAGUGGCUGUCAUUCCAUUCAGGUUACGAUUUUGGCUAUUUGAUCAAACUGUUAACUGACAACAACCUGCCCCAGGACGAGGGAGAGUUCUUUGAAUUACUUAAACUCUACUUCCCGACAAUCUACGACGUCAAAUAUGUUUACUUUUCAUUGCAGUACUUGAUGAAGUCGUGCAAGAACCUGAAAGGCGGACUCCAGGAGGUAGCAGAACAACUCGACCUUGAACGGAUCGGACCCCAGCACCAAGCUGGAUCCGAUUCCCUCCUCACUGGCAUGGCCUUCUUCAAAAUGAAGGAGAUGUUUUUUGAGGACACGAUCGACGACUCAAAAUUUUCAGGGCACCUGUACGGUUUGGGAACAUCGUUCGUAGUGAACGGCAACAGUUACGGUAACGAUAAUGGUGAUAAUAGUAAUUAAAAUUAAAAAACAAACACACAAAAAAUUCAUAAAUAAAAAACUAACGUCGUUUAAGACUCAGUAAAUAAUGGUAAUGCAUUCAGAAUAAAUAUUAAGUACU